AUGCAAGUCCCGAAUGCUCUUUGCACUCAGACGGUUGGAAGCACUAUCAGACCAGCAUCAUUCACAGGAGUCUACGCCUUCAAGCCAACAUGGAACGCCAUUUCACCCGAAGGCCAAAAGAUGUCGUCAUUAACGCUGGAUACUUUUGCCGUCAUGGCGCGCAGUAUUGCCGACCUCCAACAAGUAGGCAAAGUGCUUGGGCUUCGUGAUGAUGAGCCACCUCGGCAAAUAUCAUUGAAUAAGGCAAUUUUUGCUUUCGUGAAGUCGCCAAUAUGGCCAAGUGCCGGGCCCGGUACCGUUGCGGCUCUGCAACGAGCCGCCAAAAUCCUCAUAAAGGCCGGCGCGCAUGUUGUUGAAGUCACGUUACCCCAUGAGUUCGACGAUAUAAUCUCUCUGCAGAACGAGAUACUGGAGGCCGAAAUUGGUGUAGCUUUCCACAGAGAAUAUAGCACCUCGCGGGACCAGAUCAGUGACUACCUCGCAAGUAUUGCACAGACUGCUCACACGAGGUCGAAGAAAGCAUACGUGAGAGCUCUGGACAAGAUUGCAGCGCUGAGACCAAAGAUGGACGAGAUCGCUGACCGGUACACGGCGAUUGUCACACCCAGUGCCAUAGACGUGGCACCUAAAGGGACGGGGACCGGUAGCUCAGACUUCAACGCCAUGUGGACGGCCCUUCAUAUGCCCGUCAUCAACGUUCCCGGAUUUAAGGGCAAACUUCCUGCUCUCAACCUGACGCCACCGCUCGUCCCAAAUCCAUCCGGCAUAGGACGCAUUUACGACGUUGGACCGGAUGCCGUUCGUCUCAAAAAGGGUGAUCUCGCAUUCGUCGACGGCUUGAUCAGGGCUAGAGACGACGCGAAUGUCGCCCUCAUGCCCGGCCACAUGACUGGAGGUCAUCCAAACGCCCAGAAGCUCAUGAGAGGGGUUUGGCGAGACGGUUCCUGGCAACGAUAUCAAAAGGUUCCACUGGAAACCUGCUUUCUACUUGAUGAGAAGCGUCUCUGCGGCGACUUGGGCUACAACGAAGCUGUCCUCCACACCAUUGCGCACUAUGCCGUGGCUGCCGGCGCUUUACUAGAAGCCGCUCGAGUCAAGACUGCUGAGGUCGUCGUUGUCGGACCUUCUGGUGGUUCAUUUGGUGGUUCAGCGGUCGAGAUUGCUCUCGCUGUUGGUGCUGAGGUGAUCGCGUUGGGCCGGAGUGAAGGCAAAUUGGCAGCGAUGCGGGAAAAGCUUGCAAACCCUCGCCUGAAAACCGUCGUCAUGACUGGAGACGAUCAAGUUGACGCCGCAGCCAUACUGAGGGCAACGCCAAACAACAGGGGCGCCGAUAGGUUCAACGAUUGGACUCCAGGGGAGCUGGCAACGCCGCCAUACCUCUCAGCUGCGGUCUUGGCCAUGAAGCAGAGUGGAAGGAUCGUACUAAGUGGAGGAGCGGGAGACAAAUGCCGCCUUCCAUACGGGCUUCUUAUCUUGAAAAACAUCCAACUGAUCGGCAAAUGGAUGUAUGAGCGUCAGACGCUUGGUCAGGUCAUCAAUAUGAUCACUCAGGAGCAGUUGAGAAUUGGCCAGGAAAGUGGAACAGAAAUCACGACUUUCGGUUUAGAUGGCCACGAGGAUGCCUUGGAGCAUGCACGCAAACAUGGGGGUUGGAGAUCUUACACCGUCAUUGAGCCUAACCGUGACUGA